UCGUUAGGACAUGCAACAGAUGUACAAAGAUGAAGCAAUUCAAAAUCUUUUGCGUGUUUAUCCUGGUCUUUUUAGUACUUGCGCUCGCCAAGAGGAGGGGAUCUCGGUUAAAAAUGAGAGAUAUUGGCUUCCAAGACCCCGAAGGUUUUCCAACAAUCCCCGGCCCCCCUUGUCCCCCAGGACAUGUAGAGACCCCAGGAUUUGGUCACUCAAACAGAAUUUGUUUCAGUCCAGCACAUGCAAGGGGUAAAGUUGAAGUACCACAACCACCUUCCUUUCUGCCAUUCAGUGAUUACAUCCCACGACCUCCUGGUGAUAGAGGAUUCCCGCCAGGGGAAGUUGAACCACCACACGCUCCAGGAGAAAAACCUUAUCCGCACAUUCACAAUCCUCCUAUAGACCCACGACUGAAAAAUCAUCCUCCUACAGAUCCUACAGGCCCACCGCCCAUUUGGAGAUAAUAAAUUUUAGGUGAAUUUAAGAAAAGAAGAAUUUUAUCUGAUGACAUUGAUGUUGUACAAAGUCAAAGUUGUGAGUGACCAAAAGGAAGAAGACGGAAGAAGCAACAGUAUUUUGUAAUAAAUAUACCAUACUGAAACUUAUAAUUGUCUUUAAAAUUAAACAAUUUUUUACAUUC